AUGAAGGCUUAUUUGAGAUAUGAAGGCAUAUCAAAGUAAUAGUAUCCUCAGUCACCUCUCCAAGUGGAACCAAAGCCCUUAUUCACCAUGAUGCCACGUCGUAAAACUGCACAAGUGCCCUUUCGUAGAAGUUUGCAUCAAAACAAAUCCCCCACGAAUUUCGACCGAUAAUUCGUAGUUGAGGAAUUGAAACUCGCCAAUGCAUCUCUUCAAGAGGUGAACAAGGAAUUACAACAAUUGAAUGAAUCUUUACAGGAGUAGGUUCAAAAAUUGUAAGAAACUAACAAGGUCUUGCAAUUGCAGAUCAAUUAAAUGACCAUUCAAAUUGAUGACUUGAAAAUAAACAACCGACACUUGAGAUCACAAGAUAGCAGUGUGCAUUUUCAAACCAAAACAUUUGAUUAGAGAUUACAAGAUCAAAAUAGCCAUAUCGGGUAUCUGUAUCUGCAGUUGCAAUUAAAGAAGCUAAAUGAUUAAUUGGAGCAAAAGAGAGUACUAGAAAGCAAACCCAUGAAGUUGCAAUAGCAAGCCCUCAGGGAAUUAGAUAGCAUUUGCUUGGACAUCAAGAGUUUUAUCAUUUGUAAGUUGUGUCAUUAGGAACUCAAGGAUCCAGUAACUGUGAUUCCUUGUGCUCAUUCGUACUGUCGAUCAUGCAAGAAGGGUUACAUGGGAAAAUGCUUCAUUUGUGGACCUGAAGAACAAAUUGAAGCCACCUAUGCCAACAUGCUGUUGAUUCCCAUGAUAGAGCUAUUCAAGAAGAAUUGUGAAAUAAGGGAAUUAUUUAAAUGA